ACAGAAAAGUAAAGGAGGACACGCUGGCGCUGCUCGAACCCGGGGAAUCCCCCUCUCCUCUUUGGCUUGUCUAUCAUUGCGCUGCCUGGAAGACGAGUUCGCAGUUCACUUCGAUCGCGGCAACGGCGGCGGCGCAGACGAAAAGGCCGGGCAAAGGGAGCCGAUCAAUCCGCGCCGCAACCGUCUUGAUCUGUGGGGUGUAGUGUCGCGUCCUAGCCCUUCUGUUCCUUCCACAUCCCCAUCCAUCAAAGGCAUGGAGCCGGGAGCCAAAUCAGAAGCGAAGCAAGGUGAGGCGGGAUCCGGCGCGGCGGGAGGCGGCGGCGGCAGCAGCGGCAGCAAGGUGUAUCACGAGAGGCAGAGGCUGCAGUUCUGCCUGCUCCACGCCCUAAACAACCUGAUGCAGGAAAAGGAAUGUUUUACCCGAGCUGAGUUGGACAGGAUUGCUGGAAAUCUUGUUCUUAGUGAUCCAAACAAGGACCAAUGGACUCCUCUAUCUUUCAUUUUUAGACCUCACCACAAUGUGCUAACUGGGAACUAUGAUGUAAAUGUUCUCAUUACGGCGUUAGAAGCUAGAAAAAAGAAGGUGGUUUGGCAUGAUCGUCGAAAAGGGGCAUCAUCAAUCGAUUUGGAUGGAGAAGCGUUGGUGGGUCUUAUGAUCAAUUUGCCAAUCAGGAGGUUCGGUGGCCUCUGGACUGGCAGGCAUUGGGUAGCGAUUCGAAGCAUUGAUGGUGUCUGGUUUAAUUUGGAUAGUGAUCUUUCUGAACCUAAGAAGUUUAAGGACAAAGAAAAUGUGAUUGCAUUCCUUGAUAGCUCACUUAAUCAAGGUGGAGAACUCAUGGUUGUGCUGCAAGAUGAAUAACCGUUCUGCCUGUAAUCUCGAAAGCCUACUGAAUUAGCCUAUGUGACAGCCCAUAUUUCUGAAUUGCGAUCGCGAUGGGAUCGCAGGCAUCUGCAGCAGAAAUUGCAUUAAACCUUGAAGUUUAAUAAUGGAGCAUAAUGGACAGAUCGGUAAAUGGAAGCUUCAAUGUGCUAAAAAUAUACUUGUUUCUGCUGUUGGUAUGGGACCUCUGUUUGAUUGUUGUGUCCGUCUCUGUCAUACUGGAUUGCCAACCAGGUAUCUGAAGUGGUCAAAACAUAAGGUUGCUAAAUGAUGGAAAGAAACAGCUUGUACAUGUAGUUGUGAGGCCUAAAAAAAGAGAAAGAAACAACUUCAGUUCUCAGCAAGAAUGGAGUUCUGCAGAACUUAAGUGGAGGAUGGGUAUCUGCUGCUGCUGUAGUUAUAAAUGCUGUGGAGAACCAAAGUUGUCCUCGCAUGCUCUUAGAAUUUGUCAAUGGGCUUUGUAAGGAUAUGUACAUUAUACAGUAACUAUUUAGUAGUUGAUACCCAUGGUAAGCAGCUUAUCCCAUCGUCAUACCAAAUCUAAAAUAUAUUUAUCUGUAAGCUCAUUGUUGUAUCGUGGCGUUGUCUUGAGCUAACAAGAUGAUGCUAUCGAGCUCAUCAUGGCGAUGGUCUCGUGAUUUGACUA